CCAAAAAUAACACAAGCCUCAUGUUGUUAUUAAUAAUAAUAAAAAAUCUGUAGUCAUUUCAUAUAAAACGAGAAAGGACUGUUCGGCUGUGAUCAACACAGACUUUUUUUUUGUUUGUGCUCUGUGGAAGGUGAAUUGUGUUACUUCAAUUAAACAAAGAAAAACGUGAAUCUUUGACUUCCUGGCCUGAGUAUGUGCUCAUACACAUGAGUGCUGAUUUCUCUCUGAGCUGGGCCCAGAGCCAUGCCUGACCGGGACAGCUCCUACCUGUCUGCUGGUGGUGGGAGUGGGGGCAGUCUCGGCGAGGACGGAGGACCUGGGUCUGGUUUGGCGGGGAGUUCAACAGACGGCCGUGGAGGUUCUGGUGGAGGUGUCGGCGGAAACGUCUAUGGCUCAGGGGGCAUGGGUGGAGCAGGGGCGCCCGGAAACAGCAAUGGAUUUGGGAACAGCAGCGGUGGGGGGCAAAGUAUGGGACUGGCGUUGGAUGGCGUCUGCAGGGACUUCAUACGCAAUGUCUGCAAGAGAGGGAAGCGCUGUCGCUUCAGACACCCGGACUUCAAUGAGGUACCGGACUUGGGCGUGCAAAAGAACGAGUUCAUCUUCUGUCACGACAAUCAGAAUAAGGAGUGCAUGCGCUCCAACUGCCGCUUUGUCCAUGGAUCCAAGGAGGAUGAGGACUAUUACAAGAAAACAGGAGAGUUGCCUCCCAGACUGAGAGGAAAAGUCGCAGCACGACUUGGCCUCUCUCCAAUGGACCUCCCUCUCAGCCGUGGAGAGGUUCCGAUCUGCAGAGACUUCCUGAAGGGAGAGUGUCUGAGAGGCAACAAGUGUAAAUUUCGCCACGUCAAAAAAGACUAUGAAUAUGAAUCUUCGAGGGCUGGAGUGGGCGGUGUGGUGGGACAGGGCGCCAGUGGGUUGGUGAAUGCGGGGGGAGGCAUAGGGGUAGGGGGAGGAGCUUAUGGAGGGAUGCAAGGACUUGUGGGAGGUGGAGGUAACAUGAUGGGGACAGGCUGCACCAGCCUGGGGGGGUGCAGAGAUCCAGGCAUGUCAGGGGUUGUGGGGAUGGGCGGAGGCGGGAUGAGCGGCUGUCUGUCCAUCGGCGCGUCGGGACAACGACGGUACGACAGAAGCGCGUACUCCAUGUACGACCCCCUGCUGGAGAGCGGGCUGUUCGAUGCCAACUCCCUGGAGGCCUCGAUGGACCACACCGCCCUCCAGCUGAAGAGGCGGCGAUUGGAGGGCCUUCGUCUGACAGAUGGGGGCGGAGGUGGGCACUAUGAGCUGGGGGUUCAAGCUACCCUCCAACCUCGGCCUCUGGAGUACAGAUUCCUCGAAGAAGAAAACUCCCUGCUGAGGAAGAGAGUGGAAGAGUUGAAGAAGCAGGUUUCCAAUCUCAUCGCCACUAAUGAGGUUUUACUGGAACAAAACGCCCAGUUCCGGAGCCAGGCCAAGGUCAUGACACUGUCCUCCACUCCGGCUCCCACCGAGCAGAAUCUGGCUCCCCCYGUGGGCGCAGUCAGCUCCUACAAUCACAGCAUCGCUCAGACCCACACCACCCUGAGCAGCGCCGGACUGCAGCCUCGGCCCGUCACUCAGCAAGACCUGGUYGCUCCCACCGGUGCCCCCGCCGCGCCGCCGACCAACGCAGCCCCACCUACGGCGCCCCCGCCGCACCUCAACCCCGAGAUCACCCCCCUGUCAGCUGCCCUGGCACAGACCAUUGCUCAAGGAAUGGCACCGCCUGUUUCCAUGGCACAGGUGGCUGCGUCUGUGGCACCGGUGGCCGUGUCCAUGACGCAGCCUCUAGCCGGCAUCACCAUGAGUCAYGCCACCACCCCGAUGGUGUCGUACCCGAUCGCAAGUCAAAGCAUGAGGAUCACGACCCUGCCUCACUGAAAAGUCGUCAAAAUAACGAGUCAGACCUUCAAGACAGACAGUUUUAACACUGAAGGCUUUUUUAUGUUUUGUGAGGUCAGCAGAACAGCGAAAGCGCUGAGAUGUGGACACUUUUUUCGUUCGUUUUGUUCUUAUCUGUUCCUAAAUCAUUGUGUCGUGUGGCACUGUUACAAGUCUUUUGGAACGUUGACAAAAAUCUGUGUGUAUCAGUGGGAUCUUUUCACCCUGGAAUGUCAACAAACUCAAUGCGUGAAGUUUCCCCACAGCGUCUCAGAACUAUUCAGCAGGAUCGCUGUAUGUCCGUGUUUGGGCAUAAAUCACAAUGGAAGCAGUUUGUGUUUAUAUUUUUCUAGUUUGUUUUGUUGUAAAUUAAUUUUGGUACUUGAAGAAAAUGUCGCAACCACU